AUGUCACUUUCUAAACAAAAAAGUGUUGAUGAAACAGAUUUUGAUGAAAGUUCACUCAAAUUUCUGGGUAAAGGAACCUAUGGAACUGUUUAUCGAGUUGCGGUGGAACCCGGGAAGUCGGCGGUUUGCGUUAAAUAUCUGAAGCCAAGCAAUGACAGCGAUUUUGAGAGUCUUUUCGUGAAAGAAUGUGCAAUACUCAAAAAGCUUCAACAUUUGAACAUUAUCCAGUAUCAUCACAAGAUUCGGAUUCCUGAGAAGAGGCGAUAUGGGAUUGUGACCGAAUAUUGCGAGAGAGGAACUCUUCAGAAUGUGAUCAUGAGCUCUUCAAUCAGUUACACGAUUUGGAUGGUGGUCGAUUGGAGUGAGGGUUUAUUCCGGGCUUUGAAGUAUCUUCAAGAAAAUCACACAAUCUUGCAUCGAGAUAUCAAACCAUCAAACAUUUUCAUGACACACACUUUUAUCCCGAAGAUUGGCGACUUUGGUUCCACGAAGCUGUACGAGAAAACGACAAUGAACUCUCGGCAUACGGGAACUGAUCUCUACAUGGCGCCUGAGACUUACAUUGAGGAUAAAAAUUCUCCAAAGAGUGAUGUCUACAGUUUAUUCUUAUGCAUAUGGGAAAUGAUAGAAAGAAGAAUAGUUUUUCUGCCUAAAGGAGCAACAAUCAAUACUUUUAAUGUUCAAAAGCUUUUCAAUACAAUGGAGAAAACAAGAAUCGUGCCUAUCGAGAAACCCGAAUGUCCAACAAAACUUCAAGAAAUGAUUAUCAGCGGUUGUUCGUUUGAGUACAAAAUGCGUCCUUCGAUUGCUCAAAUCAUUGAUGGCUUUGUGCAAUUGAAAAAGGAAGAAGACAUCAAAAGAUUUGAAUCACAACGACCACGGGAAGAUCCAAAACAAAUGGAAAUCGUUCGACCAAUGGAGUUCGAUGGAAGCAUUGUGAAGAGAAAGAAUUCAGAUGAUAUAUUUGGUUGGGACACUUUGCAAAAACUCGUCGUUCUUUGCUUCUUCUUCGUUGGCAUCACUUUGUAUCAGGUAAAUGCCGCAUGCCCUGCAGUGCCUACUUGGGUCACCUACGGUCCAAACUCUGCCACCAACAAUGGGGCUUGCUCUCAAUAUUUGACGUGUUACUCAGACAGUAAUGGAGUUGAUGGAUGCUACUGUGCGGAUACGCUUGGAAACUGUGGACCACGUGCAGCCAAGGGCAUUGAGAUCUGCGCCGGUACGAGCUCGAGCUGUUACAAGACUUGCGGAAAGUGCACAGUGCCC